UUCCCUUUCCCAAGGGGAAAAUGUGAAGUCACCCCUUUGAGGUCCCACUGCUUGAAUUUAGCAAAUAAAUAGUCAUUGUCUUAGAACUCGACUCAAAACAAUCAGAGUGUGUUUGAAGUUCACAAAAGAAAUCAUGGAGGUGCAGCAAUGGUGGAGGAUCAGAUUCUCCUUCAGGAGUGCAACCAUGAUGGUGUGUUUCCUCAACGUAAUAAUUGCAAUCUUCUUGCUUCAUACUUUUUUCACCUCUGCCUACACCCGCAACAAAUUCUCCUAUGCAAAUUCCUACUCAGCUCAACUCAGGUACAUUAAGGAAUCUGAAGAGAUUCGACUUGCCAUGCUACCUGUGGAACUGAUAAAAAGAGUGAAGGAGAUUGAGCAGGAAGUAUACACUGAACCAGAAACAGCGCAGAAGAAAGACACAAAGCAGACUGCUGCUGUUGAUCUGUCUAAAAGGUUAAAGGAUUUCCAUUCCUUGAAUGAUGCUGCCAGCUUGAAAGCUUUAGAGGAAUGGAGAAAGAGGAAGAUGGAGAGGGCCCGACAGAGAGAAUUGGAGAAAAAUGGAACAACUUCUCAUGCUUGACUUUAUAUAUUCUCUGAUAUCAAGUGAAGGUUGACAUGCAAAUUUAAAUACAUAAUGGGACAACAGUAAUCAUUAGUGUACACUGUAUAGCAGCUUUAAAAUUUCCUUACAUAGCUUAUGUUAUUAAGUGCAUCUUUUACAAACCCAAAUCUACUUUUGUUCUCUUUAUAUUUCAAAAUUUAGAAAUAAAUAACUUACCCAUGUCUUGAUCUU